AUUUGGCUUAGCUGCAUACAAGCUAUGUAGGUAUAUAUAUAUUCCUUCUCAUUUUCUCACAGCAGAAUUUCUCCUUUAGUUAGUUCCUCUUUCAAUUGCCAGCUAUGGCUUCGAUUGAGUUCUCACCAUAGCUCUGAAGUUUAGUAUAGUAUUCGAGUGAUACAUGCAAUCGAAUUUACUUGGAGAUUAGUGAAAUUCAGUACGAAUUACUUCUGGAUCUGGUUCGAUUCGUAGUUUUUGAUUCAUUUUUGAGUAAACUUCAUAACUAAUUCGAAUGCUACAUCUAUGGCGGGUGCGGAAGAUACUCUUACUACUGAGGAGACCAAUACUUCUAGUGUUAUAGGCAUUUCUCUCUAUAUACAUCCCUCUGAUAGCCCUGGGACGGUGCUGGUUCCAGUUCAAUUUGACGGAGAAAGGUAUCAAUCCUGGAGGAGAGGAGUUAUGCAAGCUUUGUCAGAGAAAAACAAAUUAGGUUUCAUUGAUGGGAGUUGUGGAAAAGAAGAUGCAAUUCGUCAAUGGAAGAGGUGCGAUGAUAUGGUAAGAAGAUGGAUAUUGAAUUCCAUGACUAAGGAAAUCUCGGAUAGUGUGGGAUAUGUCAAUGACUCUGCGGAACUUUGGAAGGUACUGGAGGAUAGGUAUGAUCAUGAUGAUGGAGCAAAAAUAUAUGAAAUACAGAAAGAAAUUAACAAUCUCAGACAAGGAGUUUUGGAUAUCACUGCCUACUACACAAGGAUGAACAAGUUAGGGGAAGAAUUGAGCAUUUUGAAUCUGACAAGUCAGUGCGAAAGCUUGUGCAUUAGCACUGGUGCUAAGGAUAUUAUAAACAAAGUAGAACAGGAUAGACUCUUGAUCCAAUUCCUCAUCGGAUUGAAUAAAGAGUACUCCGCGGUGAGAGGCAAUAUCCUCACGAUGAAUCCACUCCCUUCCAUGGCACAGGCUUUGUCCUUACUGAUCCAGAAUGAUCCUGACUCUGCUUCUGAUUUGAAUGAUGGAAAAGUUGUUGACAUCCAUUCAGUGAAGGAACUAGAGACGAAGUUAAAUGCUGCUUCAGAAGCAUCAUGUCUAGCUAUCCUUUACUUUACUGCUACAUGGUGUGGCCCUUGUCGUUAUAUCUCUCCAUUUUAUACAAACCUACCCAGAAAAUAUCCAAAAGUUGCAUUUCUGAAGGCUGAUGUUGAUGAGGCGAGAGACGUGGCUUCUAGAUGGAAUGUAAGUUCCGUUCCAUCUUUCUUUUUCAUAAAGAAUGGCAAGGAGGUUGACAAAGUUGCAAGUACUGAUAAGAAUUCACUGGAAAAGAAGAUCGCCCAAUAUGCAGGCUAACUUGAUUGUGAAUCAAAUGCAUUUGCUUUGUAGAAA